UCGCCCACUUACGCUCCGAACGGAUUCUCCAAGAGUUGACCGAGACACACCGCCACCAUGGCACCACCAUGCGCGAGGCCCUAACGUGAGCACCUCCGCCUACGCGUUCACCGGAGAACGGCCGCCGCAGCCACUAUGGUCGCCCUCGGCGUCACCGACCACUUCCAUCAACCACCUCCCAAAUCUCUCGUCGGCGUAAGAGCAGGGACGACGCCAAAGCCCUCGCCUUUUCAUAUCUUACCCCCGCACGGUCCGUUCUUCGCUGGGUGGUCUGUUUCGGGCGUGGCUGACGCCGUGAGGCACCAUCCCUUGCCGCUCGUCUUCGCCCUCUUACUCUUGGUCUUCAUGGGCGUGGAGUACACCAUCCCCAUGGUCGCAUCGGCUUCCCCGCCGCUGGACUUGGGAUUCGUCGUCACAAAGCCGCUCCAUGAUGCGCUCGCCGUCGCUCCCGCGCUCAACACUGCGCUCGCAGCCCUAAACACGGUAUUCGUGGGCAUGCAGAUUUUCUACAUACUAUGGACCUUCCUGGUGGAGGCAAGGCCACGCCCAACCAUUGCAGCUCUGUUCAUGUUCCCUUGCAGAGGAAUACUAGGUUGCUGCACCCAGCUUCCACUGCCUCAGGAGUUCCUAGGUUCAGGCGCAGACUUCCCUGUUGGCAAUGUCUCCUUCUUCCUCUUUUUCUCCGGCCAUGUUGCCGGAGCAGUGAUUGCCUCGUUGGACAUGAGGCGGGCUCGGCGCCAGAAGAUGGCAUGGGUCUUUGACACUCUUAAUCUGUUGCAAAGCAUUCGGCUGCUCGCCUCGAGAGGCCAUUACACCAUCGACUUGGCUGUCGGUGUCGGUGCUGGCUUCGUCGCCGACGUGCUCGCCGGAAUGUAUGAGGAAAUCAUGUGGAAGCGCGACAGGCAGCGACCGUGCUGCAGUUGCGGGUGCAGUUGUAGCAGCCCUUGACAUGCUUGCAGUGUGAUGGUGAUGAUCUCCUCACAACUCAACCUUUUUCUCCUUUAUUGGGUAAAAGACAUAGCCUUGUUUAUUCAUUGAUUUGGGUUCUUUGACUUAAUAUUUGCAAUUAGUUUUCUCAAAAGGAAGAUUUGUUGGUAAAUUUUAAAAUCUUCAA